AUGUCCGUCCAACGGCUGUCCGCGCUUCGAGCGAUCAUGUCGAGUCAGCCUCGACCGCUCGCGGCGUACAUAAUCCCUACUUGCGAUGCUCACAAUUCAGAAUACAUAGCUCCGGUAGACGCUCGUCGAGAAUGGAUCUCUGGCUUCACCGGCUCCGCUGGUACGGCAGUGGUGACGCCAUCGGCUGCUCUGUUAUGGACAGAUGGCAGAUACUAUACGCAGUUCGAGCAGGAGGCUGACAUGUCUCUGUGGACGCUGAUGAAGCAGUCGCUACCUGAAACCCCGAGUAUGGAGAAAUGGUUGGUGAGCAACCUGACAGAGGGCGCUGCGGUCGGAGUAGAUCCAUACACCUUCUCCAGAGAUGAAUGGAACCCUUUGCAGUCAGCGCUGACCAAACACAAUAUGGUCCUAGUUGCGGUCGGAGCUAAUUUGGUGGAUGAAGCAAGGAAGCAAUGUGGAGAACAUAUUCCUUGCAGACCCAGUAACGAUAUCAUCGCGCUACCUCUCAAGUUUACUGGUAAAUGUGCCGGUGAGAAGAUUGCUGAGCUUCGUGCCAAAAUGGAGGAUAAGAAAGCUUCGGCGCUGGUCAUCACCGCUUUAGAUGAAGUCGCUUACGUCCUGAACCUUCGCGGCAGUGAUAUAGAAUACAACCCCGUGUUCUUCUCCUAUCUUAUUAUAACUCCUACGGCGGUGCUCCUAUUUACGGCCAAUGAGCUCACAGCAGCUCUGUGCCUGCAAUUGGCUGAGGAGCAGGUCCAUCUACAACGGUUCCCAUACGAUAGUAUUGAGGAACAUUUACGAGAUAUGGCCAAAGAGCUAAGUGAGACAGGAUGCAAGCAUUCUAUCUGGCUCUCUAGCGAUUCUAGCGAGGCGAUACAUAGAGCUGCGUCUGGGGCGGACGUAUUAGCAACCCCAUUAAAUAUAAUAUCAGAAGUAUCGCCCGUCAGUCUUAUGAAGCUUACUAAGAACGAUGUCGAGUUGCAAGGUUUCCGAGAUUGCCACGUACGCGACGGCAUAGCAGUAGUUCGUCUACUGAAAUGGCUUCACGACGAAAUAGAUGGCGGCAAAGAGGUGACAGAAAUACAAGCCGCUGAUAAACUACUCGAGUUCCGCAAGGAUGAGGAUCAUUUCAUGGGUCCCUCAUUCUCCACUAUCCCCGGAUCUGGCGCAAACGGAGCCAUCAUACAUUACUGCCCCUCUAGAGACGGACCGCAGAAGACUAUUGAGAAAGAAGACAUGUUCAUACUUGACUCCGGUGGACAAUAUAUGGAUGGUACUACGGACAUAACUCGAACCCGCCACCUAUCUCGGGCCCCUACUACGGAGCAGAAGUCUGCGUUCACUCGAGUGCUACAAGGGCAGAUCAUGAUCGGCGCUGCAUUGUUCCCGCAAGGAGUUAAGGGCAACGUCCUGGACAGUUUCGGGCGGCACGCGCUGUGGGAGGCCGGCCUGGACUACGCGCACGGCACCGGACACGGCGUCGGACACUUCCUCAACGUGCACGAGGGGCCCUGCGGGGUCUCCUGGAGGCCCUACCCGCACGACCCCGGCCUCAAACCCGGACAGGUGCUCAGCAAUGAGCCUGGCUACUACAAAGUCGGUUCGUUUGGCAUUCGACACGAAGAUCUAGUUGAGACCAUCAACGUCACGAAGGAGACUGAACAUCCGAGGGCUGCAGGAUUACAAGGGGACUUCGAUGGCCGCGGCGUCCUAGGGUUCCAUACUCUGACUCUAGUUCCGCAUCAGAGAGAAUGCAUCGACGCCUCCAUGCUGUCCGACUUCCAGCUCCAGUACAUCAACAAUUACCAUAAAAGAGUAUUUGAUACUCUUGGCCCCAUUCUGAAGGAGAGACGCCUUCACGACGAGUAUACUUGGUUGCAAGGCGAAUGUGCGCCUUUGAUGAGAGCGUAA